ACAAAACAUUAAUAAGUUUCUAUUUAACAACAAUUGCGUCACAAAAAAAAAAAAGAAGCAGAAUUUGCAAUUGAUAGCAAAAAAUUAUAUUAUAUUUUCUUUUUAAAAUAUAAUAAACGAAAAAAACCUAUUUGGUGGAUAGAAAAUUGUGUGUCUCUAGGCUUUUUGGGUAGCUUUUGCUACAAUUGAGAAACAACUAAACAAACAAAUCAUGGCCACCUCAACUUCUUCCAAUACAACAACAGUUACUAUUGGUGCCGGUACUAUGGAAGGCACUUUAAGCAAAUGGACAAAUGUUAUGAAGGGCUGGCAAUAUCGUUUUUUUGUUUUGGAUGAAAACGCUGGACUGUUAUCAUACUAUACGUCCAAAGAAAAAAUGAUGAAAGGAGUACGUCGUGGUUGUGUACGUCUGAAAGAUGCCGUUAUUGGUAUAGAUGAUCAAGAGGAUAAUACGUUUACCAUUACUGUGGAUCAUAAAACGUUUCAUUUUCAAGCUCAACAUAGUGAGGAGCGCGAAAAGUGGGUGCGUCGCUUAGAGGAUACAAUAAGACGCCAUGCAAAUCGUUCUCGCAUGUGGGAAAGUCAGAGUGCAUUCUAUCUUGGUGGCUAUAACAAGGAUUUGACAAAUAAACGUGCAAAUUAUUUAGAAAUAUUUGGACGUCGCGUUUCAGAAGCCGAUGCUUAUUUGCAAUUAAUGAUUGAACAAACAAAUACUAUUGAAAAACGUAUUAAUGAUAUAACAGAUCCAAAUGAAAAAGCUAAAUGUAAAGUUAUACAAGACAAUGCCAGUGCGAUGUUGGAUCAUAUAAAACACUCAAUUGUUAGUUUACAAAUUGCUAAAAAUAUGGCUCAUCCUAUUAAUGGCAUUUACAAUGGCCCCACCAAUAGUUCUUUGGAUAAAACUAAUAUUGAUACACCAGCUACCGCUUCACCCACUUCGAUUAUGUUACCAAAUAUUUUAUUAAAAACGGAAAUUUCAGGUGAUGAUGAGGAUUCUACAACAGAUAAUGUGACAACGGCACCCUUAACAAUGAUUGUUCCGGAAACAUCAUAUUCAAGCAGCGAAGGCGAAGAAGAUUUCUAUGAUGCAAAUGAUGAUCCGUUUACAAGUAUUGGAAGUUCACCGAUGACAUGUGCAACUCGUGGAUUUUCGGUUGAAACAUCUCCAACAAAUGAAAAACCACCUGAACAGCAAGGUAAUAAAACGGAACCCACACCGCCACCCUCUGUGCCUGAAAUUGACGAAUAUCAAACAGCCUCUAGUACGGUUAGUGACAUUGCCGGUGCUGAUGUUGUUGGCACAAGUACACAACAGGGUGGUGGUGGUGUUGUUGCUAACAGAAAUCCACUUUCAAAUCAAGAAUCCAUCGAUUAUGAUGCCUUAUACGAAGAGGAAGAAGAUACAAGUAUUAGCAUGGAAGCCCAUGGUUCAAUGAUAUCACAUUUAUUGUCACAAGUUAAAAUUGGUAUGGACUUGACAAAAGUUGUACUGCCAACAUUUAUAUUAGAAAGACGUUCCCUAUUGGAAAUGUAUGCUGACUAUUUUGCCCAUCCAGAUUUAUUUUUAAAGAUUGCCGAUUUAGAUAGUCCACGUGAUCGUAUUGUACAGGUUUGUCGUUGGUAUUUAAGUGCUUAUCAUGCUGGACGUAAAAGUGCUGUUGCCAAAAAACCCUACAAUCCUAUAUUAGGUGAAGUUUUUCAAUGUCAUUGGGAUAUUCCUGGUGAAAAUCCUGAUGAAAAUAAUGUUCAAGAUGGUCCUAUACCCUGGUGCCGAAGAGAUCAGUUAACAUUUUUAGCCGAACAGGUUUCACAUCAUCCACCCAUUUCUGCGUUUUAUGCCGAACACUUUAAUAAGAAAAUCACUUUCUCUGCUCAUGUCUGGACUAAAUCAAAAUUUUUGGGUUUAUCAGUGGGUGUACAUAAUAUUGGCGAAGGUGUUGUUACUUUAGUGGAUCGUGGUGAAGAAUAUAUUGUUACUUUUCCAAAUGGUUAUGGACGUUCCAUUUUAACAAUACCCUGGAUUGAAUUGGGUGGUUCGGUAGAAAUCAAAUGUCCUCAAACUGGCUAUUAUGCUCAAGUGGAAUUUUUGACUAAACCAUUUUAUGGCGGUAAACGUAAUAAAGUUACUUGUGAGAUUUAUUCUCCCAAUGAAAAGAAACCAUUUGUUUCAAUUGCUGGCGAAUGGAGUGGUUUAAUGGAAGCUAAAUGGCAUGAUACCCAUAAAACUGAAGUAUUUGUCGAUGUAAAUCGUAUACCAAUAUUUAAGAAACAAGUUCGACCAAUCGUUGAACAGGAAGAAUACGAAUCAAGACGUGUUUGGAAGGAAGUUACCGCUGGACUCAAGUAAUGAUUUUUUUAUUGUUAUUUAUAU